GACUCCGGCUGCAGCCGCGGGAGGUCCGGACACUGGCGGCCAUGGGACUCGCCGGCACUAAAGGACGCAUAUCUUAAACGAGUUGCUCUCAGGACUAAUGCCUAAACCAUCUCAGCAUGGCCUGUAGUGGAGGAGGUGGACCUGACCAGCCUCCCUCAGCUACACUCUCCCAUGUCAGCCCUGGAAGUCUUUCCACAAGUAUAACUCAUACCCAUAAUAUAUGCAUGGUGUCGGACUUUUUCUACCCGAAUAUGGGAGGCGUGGAAAGCCACAUUUAUCAGCUCUCUCAGUGCCUGAUUGAAAGAGGGCACAAGGUCAUAAUUGUCACCCAUGCUUAUGGAAAUCGAAAAGGCAUCCGUUACCUCACUAAUGGCCUCAAAGUCUAUUACUUGCCUCUGAAAGUCAUGUAUAACCAAUCUACAGCCACGACCCUCUUUCACAGUCUGCCACUGCUCAGGUACAUAUUUGUUCGGGAGAGAGUCACGAUAAUCCAUUCACAUAGUUCCUUUUCUGCCAUGGCCCAUGAUGCCCUCUUCCACGCCAAGACAAUGGGCCUCCAGACAGUCUUCACGGACCAUUCCCUUUUUGGAUUUGCUGAUGUCAGCUCGGUGCUUACAAACAAGCUUCUAACGGUGUCUCUCUGUGACACAAACCACAUAAUUUGUGUCUCUUAUACUAGUAAGGAAAACACUGUGCUAAGAGCAGCACUGAAUCCUGAAAUAGUGUCCGUCAUUCCUAAUGCUGUAGAUCCUACUGACUUCACUCCAGACCCAUUUAGAAGGGAUGAUAGUGUAAUAACUGUUGUUGUUGUCAGCAGACUUGUUUACAGAAAAGGGACCGAUUUGCUUAGUGGUAUAAUACCUGAACUCUGUCAGAAAUACCCUGAUUUAAAUUUCGUAAUUGGUGGAGAGGGACCAAAGAGAAUCAUUUUGGAAGAAGUACGAGAAAGAUACCAGCUACAUGACAGAGUGCAUCUCUUGGGAGCCUUAGAACACAAGGAUGUUAGAAAUGUCUUAGUUCAAGGACAUAUUUUUCUUAAUACUUCCCUUACUGAAGCAUUCUGCAUGGCCAUUGUGGAAGCAGCCAGUUGUGGUUUACAGGUUGUGAGUACCAGGGUUGGCGGAAUUCCUGAAGUACUUCCAGAAAGUCUUAUCAUUUUAUGUGAGCCUUCUGUGAAAUCUUUGUGUGAGGGGUUGGAAAAAGCUAUUUCCCAACUGAAGUCGGGAGCAUUGCUGCCUCCAGAAAAGAUCCAUAACAUAGUAAAGACUUUCUACACUUGGAGGAACGUUGCGGAGAGAACCGAAAAAGUAUACGACCGCGUGGCAGGGGAAGCUGUGUUAUCGAUGGACAAACGACUGGACAGACUCAUCUCUCACUGUGGCCCAGUGACAGGCUGCAUUUUUGCUUUGUUGGCUGUAUUGAACUUUCUCUUCCUUGUUUUCCUGAGAUGGGUGACUCCAGAUUCUAUCAUCGAUGUUGCAGUAGAUGCCACAGGGCCCAGGGCUGCCUGGGCUCGUCAGCAUCCUUGCAGUAAAAAAGGGGGUGAGAAUAAUGAGAUGUCUAAAACCAGGUAGAAGAAAGCCUGGAUUGCGAGAAUUAAACAUGAUAGUUCUAAUAAGACUAUUGAAAAUAACCUUGCUUUUUUUUCUUUAUUUUAAAAGUUAAUUUAGUAAGUUAUGCUACCUCUGUAUCAUUCAAUGUUUUAUUUUGUGGAAAGAUGAAAACUUAUGCAAUUCCUGAGUGUUAGAAACUCCUUGCACUUAUUUAAAAUUUGGGAGAGAACAUUUAAGCCACUCAGGUAUGCAAUUUUUCAGACUACUGAAAUCCCUCUAGCCGAGAUGUUUUAACGUUCUAUUUUGGGAGCUUUGGGUGCUGAAGGGCCAAACGUUUUCUGGGCAUUUUUUGGCCAAUUUUAAAUGUUCUACCAUUAAUUUGACAUUCACCAGAUGUUUACAGAUUUUCUUUAGGGAAGUACAACAAUAAUAUAAACUGUUUUAAGUCGUGUUCAUACUACAUUUAUUAGACAUUAAAGUCAUGUUCUUAAACAUUUAUUGGGUACACUCAGUAAGUGUUCCAUAUAUCAGCAGGUUUCUUGAGUCAAAUGGUCCAUCCGUUACCAGCAUGUUUUAAGCACCUACUAUGUGCAGAAUGCUGAACUAGGUACUUCCUGCGUUGGUUAAGGACCCGGGGUGCAUUCACUCUUUGUUUGUCACUCAAAUGGCUCACUUUGUCAUAGUCACAGUUGACAUGAAAUGGAAGAUAUCCACCAUGCCAAAAAUGCUCAUGCUUUUAAUGCCAGGAAAAAUUUGCUGGCAUACCCCGUGUUCUUUGAUCCUGUUGUAUGCAUUCUCCUAGGUAGAGCUUUUGUCUUCAGUUGUGUGUGUGAAAAUCUUUUGCUUUUUCAAUACUAGGGACCGAUAUCACUGUUGAUGCUAGUGCAGAGAAACCCUUCCCAUCUUGAAGUGCAUAAUUCAGUCCUCUGUCAAUGCCUUGAUGUUUUCCGAGCAGAAUGUACGAGGUGUGCCAUCUCAAAUCUGCUGCUACCCUGUACCUUUGAUAGAAGUCAUUUCCCUUCACUUGUGGCCUAGCUGACAUCUGAUGAGUAUUGUCAGUGUGCGAAAGUCUUUACCCCAGAAUGUUUUACUUAGAGCACAUUGAGUUGGAAAAUGUUAGGAACACAGUCUCUUUGUGGAUGGAUGUUGUUAACAGUGAUUGUUGUUGCCCAGAGCCAUGGGUUUUUAAACCCCAAAUUAUCCACAUGGUGUGUCUUAUUAAUUCUUGGAACUCCUUAGAGUAAGUUUUUGUGAUAAAGGACUGUGAGAUCACAAGAAUGAGGCACUGUGGGUGCGCGAGUUAGAUUCUGUCAGUAUUAAGAUUCUGUACAGGAUUUUUUUUUUCUUUUUAAAAAGUAUCUUAACAUGCCUGUUAAUCAGUUGCCACUGAUACAUAAGAAAUAUAUUUGUGUUUUGUACUAAAACACAAAUGCAAGAGUGCAAUUUUUGAAAUUUAGAUGUUAGGGGUUCUUUUGUUAAAGAAAAACAAACUGACCCAAACCAUUAAAUCUUACUGGGAUUCUUAUGCAUAGAAACUGAUGUAUAAAUAUGAAAUAAACAGUGCCAAUAUUCAUGAUAAAGCAGGAAACUAUAACGUUUGGUUUUAUUUAUUCUUAUUCUGUUCAGCAAUUUUUAAAGGCAUACUACUGUUUUUUCUUAGGUUUUUGUUUCCUAGCAGUUUUUCAAAGUUGCCAUUUAAUUAUUAAGUUGCCAUUUAUUUCAGAUGGAAAUAGGAUUUAAAAUUCUUGCAUGAAAAAUACGUAAUUUGAAUAUUUUCCUUUUUUUAUUUUUAAACAAAUGGAAGUAAAUUUUGCUUGUUCUGGUAAAUCUUAAUUUUUCAGGCUUCCUGAAUACCUUAAUUGUAACUGUCAGUGUUGCACUGGUCAAUAUGUGGAAACAUACAGUUCUACCCUGCUACUUACAUUUAUUUGAAAGUGAACUCGCAGUGAUGAGGAAUUUAUGAAAAAUAUAGUAUUUCUUUUGAUGUUAUAAAAAGUAGCACAUGUACAACUGAUUUAUGAAAACAUGCUACAUGUCCAGAAAUAAAGACCAAAAUGACAUUU